UGGAACGUAAUCGUAGCUAUUAACCUCAUGUAAAAUCACAAGCACUUGUACGUCCGAGCAUCUAGGCAUCCAAGCGUCCUAGCAAUCAAUGGGUGAAGGGUUAAACAAGUAUUCCAAAGCAUGCUUACAACACAUUGAUCGCAAAGGUCGCGAUGUCGAUUGAGGUGCUUCCGCUUGGCGCGGGUCAGGAUGUUGGGCGGUCCUGCUGUGUGGUACGCAUGGCGGGCAGGACGGUCAUGUUUGACUGCGGAGCGCAUUUUGGAUUCAGGGAUGCACGGCGCUUCCCAGAGUUCGGACUGCUGUCGCGCGCGGGCCGCUUCAGUGACAUCAUCGAUGCGCUGGUCAUCACCCACUUCCACACCGACCACAUCGGGGCGCUGCCGUACUUCACAGAGAUCUGCGGCUACCGCGGCCCUAUCCUCAUGACCUAUCCCACCUUCGCCAUUGCGCCCAUCAUGCUGGAAGACUACGUCAAGGUCAACGCGGACCGGCCCGGCGAGCGGCCGCCGUACAACGAGCAGCACAUUCGCGACUGCUUGCGCCGGGUGACAGCAGUGGACCUACACCAGGCGGUUGUGGUGGCCCCCGGUCUGAGCUUCACCUUCCACUACGCGGGCCACGUGUUGGGAGCCGCCAUGGUGCACAUGAGCGCCGGGCACCUUACCGCCGUGUACACGGGUGACUUCAACUCCUCCCCCGACCGCCACCUAGGUCCCGCCCAGCUGCUGCUGCCGCCCCCCGGCGCCGCCUCCU